UGGGUGUAUAAUAAAUGUUAUCUUGAAUAUUGGUGCGAAAUCUAGCAAGUUCCACAGCAGCUACGGUUAUGGCUUCAAUUUCAUCGUUAUCUGUUGCUUCUCUUUCCCUCCCCAAAUCUCAUUCUCAAUCUCAGGAGCACGACAAAUUCUCCGAUGCUUCUUUCUCCGCCAAAAGCAACGCUAAGAGUACUGGUAGUUGUUGUUGUUGCUCGCCAUCGUUGGAACGAAGAAAGAUGAUUCUCUCUUCCCUCGGCAUCGUCGCCGGAACCUUGUGCAGCGCCGGAAGAAUCGCUCUCGCGUCUGAAUUCGCUGACAUGCCAGCGCUUAGAGGGAAGGACUACGGUAAAUCAAAAAUGCGAUACCCGGACUACGUAGAAACUGAAUCAGGACUCCAAUAUAAGGACUUACGACCAGGGGAUGGCCCAAAACCGAAGAUUGGAGACACAGUAGUGGUAGACUGGGAUGGCUACACCAUAGGUUAUUACGGCCGUAUAUUUGAAGCCCGAAAUAAAACAAAAGGUGGUUCCUUUGAGGGUGAUGACAAGGCCUUCUUCAAAUUCAAAAUAGGAUCACAAGAGGUAAUACCCGCUUUCGAGGAGGCUGUUUCAGGCAUGGCUCUUGGGGGCAUUAGAAGGGUAAUUGUGCCCCCUGAACUUGGAUAUCCUGAGAAUGAUUACAAUAAGGGUGGCCCAAGACCAACAACAUUUUCGGGCCAACGAGCCUUGGAUUUUGUGCUAAGGAACCAAGGAUUGAUAGACAAGACUCUAUUGUUUGAUAUCGAGCUGUUGAAGAUUAUUCCAAACUGAUUUGUCAAAUUCUGCAUUGAUCCUGGAAUAUUUGUAUAUUACAAUCAGAACAUUGAGGUCUACCACUCUACCUACUUACAGUGGAUAUGAGGAUGCAUGCUUCAUCAUGCAAAGGGUUGUCCUGUCCUGUAGUCUUUUUAUUAACAUUGACAUUUGAUGCUUGCCUUUAAAAGCUGAAAUAUCUGUGGCAAUUUGACCUGGUAAUAGAUGCUACAUGUUGUAUUUGCAUGUAUAUUGUGGUCUUGUCCCUUGUUGGUUUCCCCGGUAAUAGAGCAUAUGUAUAGUGCAACGUUCAAAACAAGUCUCCUCAACUAUUGCAAACUUUGAUUGACUAUAUGUACAUGGGAAGUGACAUCCAAAGGUUCCAUUCAAUUCUUGGAUUUGGGAUGCAUUGAUGCUGAAGUCUUUUUUAUGUAUGUCCUAUUUUUUUUUUUGGUCAA